GAUGACUCCGAUGUGUACACAGAGGGUGAUGAGGACGAUGUAGAGUACAAAAACUGCACAAUGUCUACGGAUGAUGCGAUGCGACUUGUGAAUCAGCUGUUGACAAAGAUGGAGCAUCAUUUGGUGGAUCUUCAACGCCACCAGGAAACCUUGAGUCGUAAAGGUGACGAUUUGCAGCGAUCCCUCGCAGAAUUAGAUGCAGCUCGAGAUCCUACAGAAGCUGGCCAACGAUUUGUUGCUGUUCGGGAACGCAGCACUGUAUUUGGUGUUGCUAGUCUUGCGAUGGUGAAUGAUGGCGGCAUCGAUUUACUCCUAGGUGGUAGGCUGUCUGAUAUGAAGUAUGCAGACGAUAUCGUGCUACUAAGUGAAGAUCCAGAUCAGUUGCAGGCUUUUCUGUAUGGUUUGAGUGCAAGUGUAUCCAUGUUCGGCAUGCGUUUUGCACCUUCUGUGGAAUACUGCUACAAGGUUGGGUUGACCAUGUCUCGAAUCUCACUUCAACUGGUGAAGUAG